UUAGCCCCAACACCUGGCGCCAAGAACCAAGUCCAAGGUUGUCACUUUCUUGACUGACUGACGACGACCUUCCAGGUCAGAUGUGCUCUCCCAUGCGAGCUACAAAUAGGACCUCCUCUUCCAGAAAUUCCCACCUGUUGUUCCACACACCUGCUUCUUUGACGUGAUUACGUAUAUCUCAGCAUCCAGCUUCAAGAUGGGUAGUCAGGUAGCCCAGGCCAUCUCAGCCAUUCGGCAUGUCUUGCCAAAUGCUCACCUCGUCACUCCCGAGGCGGACGAAGAAUACAACUUGCUAAACAACAGCUACCUUUCGGGCUUUGAGAGUGACUUGCGUCCUGCCUGCAUAUUUCUCCCGCGCUCGAAAGAAGAGGUUGCUGCCUUCAUCCGUGCCGUCAGCCCAUUCAAUGGUGAGGUCCAGUUUGCGAUCCGGGCUGGCGGGCGACAGCCGCUGCCCGGUUGUGCGAAUGUCAACGGCGGCAUUACUGUUGACCUCCGGUCGCUUAAAGGUCUUCACCUUCAAGACGGCCAGGUCCAGGUUGCUGCCGGGCAGGACUGGGGAUCGGUCUACGAGUACCUAGAGCCGCAUGGGCUGGCCGUCACUGGGGGUAUGUCGACAACCGGUGGCAUUGGGGGUCUCGCCACACAAGGCGGUCUCUCGUUCUACUCGUCUCGGGAGGGCUUCAUUUGCGACAACGUUGUGAACUACGAGGUUGUUGUGGCUUCAGGCGAGAUCUUGAAUGCCAAUGCCAAGGAGAACUCGGACCUCUGGGUCGCGUUACGGGGUGGUGGGAACAACCUAGGAAUCGUCACUCGCUUCGACUUCCGCACAUUCAAGCAAGGUCCCAUUUACGCGGGCAUGGUUUGGUACUUCAAGCCGAGCUUCGCAGACCAGAUGAAAGCCCUGGUGAAAGAGCUCAAUGCGCCUGAUGCCAGUGUUGAGACGCACCUUAUGCUCAGUAUCGCUUACGCGCAGGUCUUUGGCAACGGCAACGAUGUGGUGUGCCUCAACCAACUCUACUAUACGCAGCCAGUCGAUGAUCCCCCUGCUCUGGCGCCCUUCACACACGUCCAACCGCAGAGGGCAGAAAUGAACAGUAUGAAAAUCCAGACGCUUGUCGAGGCGUCGACGGAGCAGUCGGCAGCAGGACAGAGCAUGAUCAGAUGUCUCUACAUGAAUGUGAACGUCAAAGCUGAUGUUGAGACGCUCAUCACAGGGGGUGACAUCUGGUGCGAGGAAUUGGAGGCGGUCAAGGACGUCGCCGGGCUCAUGUGCUCUUACACCCUGCAGCCGUACCCAGUGUCACAACUUAAGAAGACCCGUGAGCACGGUGGAAAUGUAUUGGGCUUGGAUCCCAGUGGCGGGCCUGUUGUCAAUGUCCUGCUCCUGUCAUACUGGGCAGACAAGAAAGAUGAUGAGCGGAUGAUGGCUUUUAUGAAGAAGGCCUUGAAGCGAAUUGAAGAGAACGCGGAGGCUCGAGGUCAGCUGAUUCCCUUCAUCUACUGGAACUAUGCAUUUUCUCACCAAGACCCUCUGAGGUCAUAUGGUGAGGAUAAUGUGCGUAAAUUGCGAGAUGCUAGCAAGAAGUAUGAUCCCAAGGGAUUGUUCCAGGUAGCAUGUCCUGGUGGUUUCAAGCUUUUCAAAUAG